AUUCCUCUUCCUAAAAUAAUUAAACACCAUUAAUUAAUUACAUAAAUGUUCUACUAGUAAAUUUCUCUCCCCUUUCCCACAUCACUAAAAUUAAAUCUUUAGAUACAUCACCAAAAUUUCUAAACUGUACUACUUGAAGAUCCAACCUCUCAUAGUAUUCUAGCUUAUGGUUACUUUACACUUUGGACUUUGGUCAUCUUGUUUGUUUCUCCUUUAACUUUUUCUAUAGUCUUUUUCUUUUGACUUUGAUUAUGUACUAUGUUCUUGAAUUGUUUAACAAGACAUACACUUUACCUUUUUCUCUCAUUUUUUUUCUUUUCAUUUUGUUUUGUUACCUUACAUAUAUGCUAAGUUAUUUUGCUUAAUGAUUGCUUUAGAGUUGAGAAAGAGCAAAGGAUGGAGAAGUUUACUAGUGCAAGUGAAGAUGAUCAUAAACCUAGAAGGCUCUUGGAUGUUGUACUCUCAUGGCCCCUUGAGGAUGUUCUCAACGAAAAUCUUUUCAAAGACAAGGUUCAUAAGAUUCCAGACACAUUUAAGUCAGUAACAGAAUACAAGACAUCUUUUAUUCCUCUAUUGUUUGAAGAAACACGCACCGAUUUAUCUUCAAGCUUAUCUGGUGUGUCUAAAGCUCCUUUUUGUGAAAUCAAGAAAGUUGAAAAAAGCAGGCAAUUGAAACUUAUGAAAGCUCAAAAGCAAUUCAAACUGUUCCAGCAUACAAUAAGGUUGAAGAGUACAUUUGAUAGUGUGGAAGAUGGUGAAAACUAUGAACCUGCAACUGGUGAUCUCAUUGCUUUCACAAACAUCAGACCUAAAAGCUUAGAUGACUUGAACACGCGCAAAAGUCCCUACCAUAUCGCAUAUGUUGAUCGGGCAAAAAAUCAAUUUUCGGAUAAAAUCAAAGUUCUGUCAUCCAAAUCCAUGAAUAUGGAUAUUGAACAUGACUUGGGGAGGAACAACGAGCUGAAAUUGUAUGCAGUUUUCCUUAUCAACUUGACAACAAAUGUUCGUAUUUCAGAUGCACUGAAUUCACGCUCGGAGGGUGAACACCUGAACAUAAUUAAAACAGUGUUGGGCCCACAUCUAACUAGUGGAGAAAACUGUCAAAAUUGUCUUUCGGAAGAAAAUAGUCAAGCUUCUUUCAUCAAAGAGGACUCGAUAAUUCGUUCUCAGAAACUAAAUGAAUCCCAAUUAGAUGCUGUUCUGAGCGGUGUAGAUAUGAUGAAUUGCGAUCACGCUGAUAUGAAACUUAUAUGGGGACCUCCAGGGACAGGGAAAACAAAGACAGUAGCAUGCUUGCUAUUUUCUUUACUCAAGCUAAAAACGAGAACUUUGACUUGUGCUCCAACAAAUACUGCAGUGUUGCAAGUGGCAAUUCGGUUGCAUAAGUUAGUUAUGGAUUCACCCGAGCUUGUUACAUAUGGUUUAGGUGACAUUGUGCUGUUUGGAAAUGGUAAGAGAAUGAAAGUAGAUUGUUAUCCUGGGCUUGAAGAUGUCUUUCUUGAUUAUCGCGUACAGGAUCUAAUGGCGUGUUUUGAUCCGAAAUUUGGAUGGAAGCAUAGCUUGCAGUCCAUGAUACAGUUGCUCAAUUCAAUGGAGGAAUCCGCUAAGAAAAAAACCCGUAAGGCAGUAUUUGCAUACAGGCACAAAUUUUGUGAACAAAGAGAGAAGCUGGAGUUCUUAAUGAAAACCUUAUACACUCACAUGCCAAAAUCUCUCAUUUCACUUGAAACAGUGAAGAAAAUGCUUCAAUCUUUUGAUUUGCUAAGGUCGAUUGGAAUUUCCUUGUGGCAAGUCAAACUCAAGCCAAAAUCUCGCAUUCCUACGUAUUUCCAACCGUUAUACGUCAAACGAGAUGAGUGCAUUAGCAUACUAAGUUCACUUUCUGGCACAGUUUUGAUUCCUGUAUUUGACGAGAGAGAUAACAUGAGAGUUAAAGUAGGAAAUUUUUGCUUGUCGAAUGCGUGCCUAAUUUUGUGUACAGCAUCAAGUUCAGUUAAACUAAACACAGUAGAAGUGAGCCCAAUUCAAUUUUUAGUAAUCGAUGAAGCCGCUCAGCUUAAAGAAUGUGAAUCAGCAAUUCCGUUGCAACUGUCUGGUCUCCGACAUUGCAUCCUAAUCGGAGAUGAGAGACAACUUCCUGCAUUGGUAAAAAGCAAGAUUGCAGAUAGGUGUGAAUUUGGACGAAGCAUGUUUGAGAGGUUGGUAAUAUUAGGAUACAAACGGCAUAUGCUGAAUGUUCAGUACAGAAUGCAUCCUUCGAUUAGCUUAUUCCCGUGCAAAGAGUUCUACGAUGGAAAGCUUUCUGAUGCACUUGUUGUCAGGAAAAAAAGCUAUAACAGGCUUUUCCUUGAAGGAAAAAUGUAUUCUUCUUAUUCUUUCAUUAACAUAACCAAGGGUAAAGAGAAACUUGGAGAUGGACAAAGCAUGAAGAACAUGGUUGAGGUUGGAGUUAUUUCUGAGAUAAUCAAAAGCCUCAAUAAAGUGUUCAUGAGGACAAAGAAGAAAGUUAGCAUAGGAAUAAUAUCGCCAUAUAACGCUCAAGUUUAUGAAAUCCAGGAAAAAAUUAAGCAGUACACUCAGGUUUCUAACUCUGACUUCUCCGUUAGUGUCCGUUCUGUUGACGGCUUUCAAGGCGGUGAAGAAGACAUUAUAAUAAUAUCUACAGUGAGAUCUAAUCAGAGUGGUAAUGUCGGUUUUCUUUCAAAUAGAAAAAGAGCAAAUGUGGCUAUGACUCGAGCUAGGUAUUGUCUUUGGAUAUUAGGAAAUGCGGCUACUCUAAUCAACAGUGACUCUGUUUGGAGAAAUGUAGUUCUUGAUGCUAAGAGAAGAGAUUGUUUCCAUAAUGCCAAUGAAAACAAGAAACUAGCCAGGGCAAUUAAGGAUGUCUUGUUUGAAAUCGAACUACUUGAAGAAAUAGAAUCUCCAUUUAAGAAACUAAGCAUUGGUGAAAAAUCAGAAACACCAACUACUUCCUCUAGCUCUAGGCGAAGGAAACCGAGGUGGGUGAAGCGUGAGAAAUAUUGAACGGAAUUACUUUUGAAGGGUUUGGCCAUAAUAAUUGUCUAAAAAAACUUAAUUCUUGAAGAGAUGACUAGCUUAUAUAACUAGCUUAUGAUUUUGUUUUAUCAUACUUAGAGGUGUUUGGUUGACAAAUUUGUUAUGUUAACUUUUUUGAGAUGGUAAUUGAACCUUUCAAGUAAUAAUACUGUAAUACUAGUGUCUUUUCUAUAUAUAUA